AUGCCUACUGACGGCGCAGCAACAAAGGCCGAACUGCACCCAACCCGCACUCCUCCUCCUCGUCGCGCGGGAGGGAAAUUUCCCAUCCCCAACCUCCCGCCCCGCGCCGCCGGCCGCCGGCCACCGCGAUUCCGGCCGCCGCCCGCCUCCCUCGACUCCUGUUGGCCGCCGCGAGCUCCCCAGCCCGCGAAUCCGCGCCGCCCGCCACCCCGCGUCAUCCCUGCCGCCCGCGGAUCCGCGCCGCCCCGCCGCCCGCCGUCCGCCUCCCGCCCGCUCAUCCGUCGCCCGCCCGCCGUCGGCCGCCCGCCCGUCCGCCUCCGCCUCGGCCGCCGCCCGCCGCCCCACGUCAUCCCGAGCCGCCCGCCGCCCUGCGCCGUGUCGUCCCGAGCCGCCGCGGCCGCCCGAGCCCUCCCGGCCGCCUCCCGCGUCGCCUCCCGCCGCCGGGGGUUUGCCUCGCGCCGGCCCUCCCACCGCCGCGUCCCGACCGGCCCCGCCCCAACCGGCCCCGGCCCCGGCCCUCCCGACGCCCCGACCGCCGCGGCUCACCCCGGUAUGCCCCUUUUUAUGGACACCGACGAUACGGCGUCGUUGUCCGAUGAUUCCGGUUGGUCGUCGUCGGAUGAUUCGGAUAUUGAGGAGUUGCUUCAAGACGACGAUGUCGAGAUGAUGAGCCUCCUCGUCGACGUGCAAGAGUUUGAAGACCGCACGAACCAGAUGGAUCAGGGGAGAGGGUCGAAGAUGGGGCGAGUCACCAUCUACCGGAACCGUGCUCUCGGCCACGAGCAAUAA